CGCGCUCUCAUUCCGCCCUGACUUCCCCUCCGCCAGCGGCCUGCUGCUUUGAGAUGAACAGAAGAUGUCGGUUUCGGGGCUAAAGGCCGAGUUGAAGUUUCUGGAGUCGAUUUUUGACCCAAAUCACGAGCGGUUCCGAAUCAUAGACUGGAAACCCGAUGAGCUAAGCUGCCAGUUCAAUGUAACGAGAGAAAAGCUGCUGAUCAUCCACUGCAACAUCACGGAGUCCUACCCCUCAACACCCCCGAUAUGGUUUGUUGACUCCGAUGAUCCCAGCCUGGCUGAAGUUUUGGAGCGCUUGGAGGAUGUCAGAAAAGGCAGCACCUUGGUACGUCGAUUAACCAAGGAUCCUCCUCAGAGGAGAAAAUCUCUAUUUUUAUUUUAUUUUCAUUGCAUAUUUGCAACCUGCUUUGAACCACUAAGCUCAUGGCUUAACACUAGAACUCCCAAGGCCGGUGCGGUGUCUGGCUCAGUGCAAGCCUCAGAUCGCUUAAUGAAGGAACUCAGGGAGAUCUACAGGUCACAGAGUUACAAGACGGGUAUUUAUUCAGUCGAACUAGUCAAUGACAGCCUUUAUGAAUGGCACGUCAAGUUAAGGAAGGUAGAUCCCGAUAGUCCAUUGCAUAGCGACUUGCAGGUUUUAAAAGAAAAGGAAGGAAUGGAUUUCAUUCUGCUCAAUUUCUCUUAUAAAGAUAAUUUUCCUUUUGACCCUCCUUUUGUACGGGUUGUGUCUCCUGUGCUCUCUGGGGGUUAUGUCCUUGGAGGAGGAGCAUUGUGCAUGGAACUUCUCACAAAACAGGGCUGGAGCAGUGCCUACUCAAUAGAAUCUGUCAUUAUGCAGAUAAAUGCAACUCUGGUUAAAGGCAAAGCCAGAGUCCAGUUUGGAGCCAAUAAGAACCAGUACAAUCUUGCCAGAGCACAACAGUCGUACAAAUCCCUCGUGCAGAUUCACGAAAAGAACGGCUGGUACACACCCCCUAAAGAGGAUGGAUAAGGAGCGGCCCCCCCGCUAUGCACUGGGAACACGUCUUUGGGUCAUCUUGUUUUCUUCAGAAUAUUUUCCCGCUCUGACUUACUGGGAAUUUAUCAUCUUUCUCAUAGAAACCAUCUCGCUGCCUCAUCUGACAAGUAUUCUCUGGCCAAGCUCUGGAAAAGACUCAACUUAGGUCUUUAUUUUUAUUUUUUAUUCUCCUCCCUAAUUGUUUCGGUGAGGAGAAUCUGAGAGGAACAUUUCUAAACCAUCUUGUUUUUGGGGGGAAAAAAAAGGAGGAAACAAAGAUUUCUCCCCCCCCUUUAGAUGUGGGGAAAUAAUUUUCUUUAGCUGCUUUAGCGAAGUGGACCCCACAGUGAGUGACCCUCUGUCUAAACGCCGUUUUUUUGUUUUUUAAAGAUCAAAACCGAAGCUCUUGAAGUCGCACCUCAUUGCACCAGUUUUUAAAUUGACUGUGAUUUGAUUUUUUUUUUCUUCUGGAGAUUAACAGGUACAUAAAUACAUAUAUUGUUUUAGACAUUAUUUGACUUAUUUUUUUGUUAUUUGAACAGCCUAGAUGUUAUAUGGCAAAUGUUGGAAGCAUAUCUUAAACCCGAGAAGCUUCUCUGCGUCCCUCAGCUUUUUUUUUCUCUUCAAAAUUCAUGAAAUGAAGAAUCAAAAAGGUUUUACUGUUGUUGAAAUAAAGAUCAGCUGAUCAGCCAGUGGUGAAAGGAAAGCUCAGAUGUGAGGAGAAGUUUCGUUCUGACAGGUUUUAUUUUUAAAUCUGAAGGGCUGGUUUUGCCUUAUUUUUAGUGUUGCUGGCAGACUGUUUUUUUUUUUUUUUGCUGUGAAGGUUUGAUGCCCAAACGAAGUCCUUUCUGCUCAAAGUUAACAGCAUGUGUCACAUCUGACAGCGGUCCCUUCCUCUGAGCUGUAUAAACAAACAGACAAAGUGUGGCUAUUAGACAGGUCCGUUCACGUGGUUCAGUCUGAAUAUUUCCAUUUCGCUUCCCUCUCUCCAACUGUCAGACUAAUUACAUUUCCAAGAUGUUUUUAUUUUUAUUUUUCCUCCUUUCGGCUCUGACCUUCAUACCAAUCGGACCACUUUUAGCAGAAAUAAAGGACUUUAGAUCUAUGUGCCCCUUCAGCCGCUCUGCAGCCUGAUUUUUGUACCUACAUAUUUCCAUUUACUCCCCACCUACAUCCUCCCCUGUAAACAAACCUUAGUGUCUGACUUUAUCAUUUGUUGUAGGUUCAUCAUUUUUAUGAAUUAAAGCUAAAAAUGGUCAUUAAAGUGAUUCAAUCUGAUGUCUAAUGUCAUUUAAUUUCAUAUUGUGUCUUUAAAUUUAGACUGGCAGUCCAUCCACUUUUAUUUUGGUUCUGAUCUCAGUUUAUACUAUUACAUUUUAUACAAUUUUAACUCUUAAUUGAGCCUCUAAGCCACCUACAUUCUAGUUAUUGGAGUUAUUAAACUACAUUUCUUUGAGUAGACUUU